AUGGAGCAAUCUGAAGAAGCACUCGGCAUCAAAAUCUACACAGCAACCCCACCAGAGGGCUCCACUCCGAAAUCCAAUAAUCCUCCCACCAUUCUCCCCGAACAUGGCAGAAAGAGACGAGCAAUGGCGAAAGGAGUACAAAAGACCAUUUCCAAAACCUCCAUGCUCGUAAACUUUCUUCCCACAGGCACCCUUUUAACCUUCGAAAUGGUCCUCCCUUCCGUUUACAACAAAGGCGACUGUUCUCCGGUCAGCACCCUCAUGAUUUACGCCCUUCUCGGCCUCUGCACGCUCUCCUGCUUCUUCUUUCACUUCACGGACAGUUUCCGGGGCCCUGACGGGAAAGUCUACUACGGAUUCGUGACGCCGAAGGGGCUGGCGGUGUUCAAGCCCGGCCUGGAAGUGGAGGUUCCGAAAGAGGCGAGGUACAAACUGGGGUUGAAUGAUUUUGUUCAUGCAGUGAUGUCGGUAAUGGUGUUUGUGGCCAUAGCGUUUUCGGAUCAUAGAGUGACGAGUUGUUUGUUUCCGGGACACGAGAAGGAGAUGGAUCAAGUUAUGGAGAGUUUUCCAUUGAUGGUGGGGGUUGUUUGCAGUGGUUUGUUUCUUGUGUUUCCGAACACUAGGUAUGGAAUUGGUUGCAUGGCUUCAUGA